AUGUUUUCUUCUGUCGUUGUCCUUCUGAUUCUAUUCAGUAAAUCGAACUUUGCUCGUGAACUUAUUGCGACUCAUAUACUAUUUCGUCAUGGAGAACGAACACCCACAAUGUUGUAUCCAUCGGAUCCAAAUGAUGUAUCGUUUUGGCCCAAUGGACUUGGUUCGUUAACAAUACGUGGAAAAUUCCAACAUAUUCUUCUUGGUCAAUAUUUUCGUGAACGUUAUUCAACAUUGUUGAAUUCGACUUAUGUUGCAUCUGAAAUUUUUGUUCGAAGUUCAGAUUAUGAUCGAACGUUAAUGUCUGCCUAUUUAACGUCACUAGGUCUUUAUCCUUCAUCAAAAAUUAAUAUUUCAAUCGAUCAGUUCAUAACAACUAAUACUUGGCCAGAAAAUCUUCCAUGGCAACCUAUUCCUGUUCAUACAGUACCCAAAUCAAUAGAACAUUUGUUAGGUAUGAGCGAUUGUGCCUACUAUUCAGCACUAGUACAACAAAUGUACAAGAGUGAACGAAUUGAAAAUAUUAGUAAAGAAUUUCAAGAUUUAUUUCAAUAUCUUGAAAAGAAUGCAAACCAAUCAGUAUCUAAUCUGUUUGAUGCAUGGGCUAUAUCUGAUACCGUCUUAAUCGAAGAUGCUUAUAAUAUAACACCGUCUUGGGUCACUCCAGAUAUUCUUCGUCAACUUAAAUAUAUAUCCGAUAUAUCAGCUUAUCAUCUUAUGUUUAUGCCUGAAAUCAAUCGUCUACGCGGUGGUCCAUUAUUACGUGAUAUAUUAGAGAAUACUGAAGAUUUGAUAUUAAAUAAAACAAAAGGACGAAAAGUUAAAGUCUAUUCAGGACAUGAAACAACAAUCGUGGCUAUUCUCUCAUUUCUGGGCAUCAAUUAUCCUCAUCAACCUCCUCUUGCAAGUGCACUUUUUUUUGAUCUUUAUCGACAAGAUAAUCACUCAUAUGGUAUUCAAUUGGAAUAUCUCAACAUGACGAACGGUCGAGUAGCACAUCCAAUUCAAUUACCUGGAUGUGAGAAUAUUAUGUGUUCGAUUACAACAAUAAAAAGAUUAAUUCAAGAUCGAUUACCAAAAGAUAUGGAUAAGGAAUGUCAAAUUCAAAUAAAAAAUGGUAAAUGA